AUGACCGCUUACAUUCUAAGCACCUUCUCUGUUACAGUGAGACAUUCCCUGCGCUACUUCUACACAACCUCCUCAGAAAUCCCAGCCUUCCCUGAGUUUGUGGACAUGGGGAUGGUGAAUGAUCAGGUCAUUAGCCACUAUGACAGCAUCACGAAGAGGAAGGUCCCCAAGCAGAGCUGGAUGGAGCCGUUUUUUAACCAGCAGUAUUGGGAUAGCACCACAGAGAACCUGAGAAGUGCAGAGAGCGUUUUCAAAACCAACAUUCAGAUAGCACAGAAGCGUUUCAAUCAAACAGGAGGCAUACACAUUAGCCAGGACAUGUAUGGCUGUACAUGGGAUGAUGAGACAGGAUUCACAGAAGGGUUUCACCACAUUGGAUGUGAUGGACAAGACCUCCUGGCAUUUGACGUGAAGACGGCGACAUGGAUUGCCUCAGUCCCGCAGGCUCUCCACUCCAAAAUGAAGUGGGAAAUGGACCUGUCUAGCAUUGAGAGCAAGAAAAGCUACCUCACCCAGGAUUGCAUUGAGUGGCUGAAGAAGUACCUGGACUAUGGAAUGACUACUCUGCAGAGGACAGUCCCUCCCUCAGUGUCUCUGCUCCAGAAGACCCCCUCCUCUCCAGUGACCUGCCACGCUACAGGUUUCUACCCCAGUGGAGUCAUGGUGUCCUGGCAGAAAGAUGGGCAAGAACAGCAUGAAGAUGUGGAGAAUGGAGAGACUCUCCCGAACGAUGAUGGAACCUUCCAAAGAAGCACCCACCUAAAAGUGAUGCCUGAGGAGUGGAAGAACAACAAGUAUCAGUGUGUGGUUCAGGUCACUGGUAUCAAGAAGGACUUCAUCAAGGUUCUGACUGAGUUUGAGAUCCAGACCAACUGGGGUGACCCAGCCCCAAACAUUAUCCCCAUCAUUGGAGGGGUGGUAGCUCUCCUCCUGGUCGUUGUUGUUGUUGUUGUUGUUGUUGGGGUUGUCAUUUGGAAGAUGAAGAGCAAGAAAGGCUUUGUUCCAGCCAGAACUUCUGACACUGACUCUGAGAACUCUGGGGAAAGGUCCCCUGACGAUUUGAAAAACUUCUGUAACAUCAGAGAGCUGAAGAGGACAGCAACAGAAAUAACAAACAGAAACUUCCCAAGACUGUAA